CCUCCAAGCCAGGAAAUUUCAGUAAAAAAACUCGUGGAAUUCAUUUACAAUAACAUAAUAAUUAGUAUGAGUAGUUAUGCAGUAUAUAUAUAUGUGUGUGUGUGUGUGUGUAUAGUUAUAACCUCAUUACGAAGAUAAUACAUCAAUUUCUUGAAUCGUCAGAAAAAGAAAUCCGAGAAAUGACCCAACAAUAUUCGACAUCCGAGGUGGCGACUCAAGACCUCAAGAAGAAGCUAACAAUCAGUGAAAAGGAAGGUCAGGAAGAUGUGGCUGCUAAAGAAACUGAAGAGCUGAGAGCUGAAAUAUCAUCGCAAGCUGGGCAUGAUCAUUGUGCCAGCUUUGACCCAGUUCACAAAAUUAUAAAGGGGUUUAAGUACUUUCUUGACAACAAAUUCAACAAAUAUCCACAAUGGUUUCAGCAACUUGCCGAAGGCCAACAUCCAAAGUUUCUGGUAUUUGCGUGCUCGGAUUCGAGAGUGAGCCCUUCUCAUGUCCUCAACUUCCAACCUGGGGAAGCCUUUAUGGCUCGCAAUAUUGCCAACUUGGUUCCUGCUUUCAACAAGCUGAGAUACUCAGGAGUUGGAGCAAUCAUCGAAUAUGCUGUGGCCGAACUUAAGGUAGAGAAUAUUUUGGUCAUCGGACAUAGUCGCUGUGGUGGUAUACAGAGGCUCAUGUCUCACCCUGAGGAUGGUUCUGUUCCCUACGACUUCAUAGAUGAUUGGGUCCAAAUUGCUUUAACUGCCAAGGCCAAGGUCAAAGCUGAAUAUGGCAAUUUGCCAUUUGAGGAACAAUGUGAAAUCUGUGCUCAGGAAGCAGUGAAUCUGUCACUAGUAAACCUACAAACUUAUCCUUACGUUCAAAGGGCAAUACAAGACAAAAAACUGGCACUUAGAGGUGCACACUAUGAUUUCGUCGUUGGAUCUUUGAAGCUCUGGGAAUUAGAGACAAAGAUUUCAGAUCCAAUAAUAAUCCCUCCCUCCUAAAUAUUAUUGUGAAUUUUAUCACAUGCAAAAAAAAAAAAAAGAAAAAAAAAAGGCACAUCUUGCGUUUGUUAUAUGUCAUGGUAAGACGUGCCUAUAGAAAAAUAAAGGGCAAUAUAUAUAAAUAAAUUAGCAGCUAAAAAAUAGCCCCUCUUUGUUAUUUGAAAAUAAUAAUAAUAAAAAUAAAAAAAGCCCCUCUUUGUUAUUAAAAAAUAAAAAUAAAAAAGCCCCUCUUCGUUUUGUACUCUUACUACUUGUCGUUUUGUAACUUUUAUGAUGAAGAAGAAAGUCGUGAAACGAAUAAAGUGGAGCAGGCUUGUAUUC